GUGUUCACGUGUCAUGGAGACAACACCAGCUGGCGCAUUUUAGAACUCUGCGCCUUCACCACAAUCAUAUUGGGAUACACCGACCGCCUAUAUUCCCCUGAUUUCAAAAUUAGAAAGCCCGCUCAACUGAACUCGUUACGCUACCGGCGCAUUAUAGAGCAUGCCACUGGGUAACCGUCUCAUAUUGACGAUGUCCGGUCAAAACCCUAAACCCUGAAAAUCAGUUUUCUCCUCAAGGAGAUGGGGAGCAUUCAGAAAUUGCCUGAGGGUAUUUGGGGCUCAAUUAGAUCAGGGGUUAUCUUGUAUGAUUUCACAAGGGUUAUUGAGGAGUUGGUUUUCAACACCCUUGAUGCUGGUGCUACCAAGGUAUCUGUUGCUAUAGGCGUUGGGACCUGCUAUGUUAAGGUGGAUGACAAUGGAUCUGGUGUUUCACGAGAUGGACUGGUGCUGAUGGGAGAAAGAUAUGCGACAUCAAAAUACAGCCACUCGGAUGAUAUGCAUGCUUUCCCAGCAAACUUUGGCUUUAAAGGAGAGGCUCUGAGCUCUAUUUCUGACUUUUCUUUGUUGGAAAUUGUUACAAAAACUCACGGAAGGCCAAAUGGAUAUCGUAAGGUUUUGAAGGACGGCAAGUGUUUGUACCUUGGAAUUGAUGAUUGUAGACAAGAUGUUGGUACAACAGUCACUGUUCGUGAUUUAUUUUACAACCAACCAGUUCGAAGGAAGCAAAUGCACUCCAACCCAAAGAGGGUCUUGCAUUCUCUGAAAGAGUCUCUGCUAAGAAUCGCCCUUGUGCAUCCCAGUGUCUCCUUCAAGAUUGUUGAUGUUGAAAGUGAGGAUGACCUGCUUUGCACACGUGCUUCUCCUUCUCCGUUGCCGCUAUUGUCUAGUGGGUUUGGGGUUCAAUUGAGUUCGCUUAACAAACUGAAUACUAGCGGCGGUCCAUUCAAGCUCUCCGGAUACAUCUCAGGUCCUGAUGUGUACACAGUGAAGGUCCUUCAAUAUUUCUAUAUCAAUUCGAGAUUUGUUUCCAAAGGACCAAUACAUAAAUUACUUAACAACAUAGCAACAAGUUUUGACAGUGCUUCUGACAUUGAGCACCGAAGUAGAUCUCAGAUAUAUCCGCUGUUUUUGUUGAACCUAAACUGCCCAAGAUCUUCCUAUGAUUUGACUUUGGAGCCGUCGAAGACCUCUGUGGAAUUUAAGGAUUGGCGUCCUGUCCUUCGCUUUAUUGAGGAUACUGUCACGAAUUUCUGGACUGAAAGUAACUCUACCGAUAUGCCUGUGAAUAAUGAGAUCAGGAAAAAGAGGUGCAGGUCCCAGAGUUGCAAAGCAACACUCGAGCUUCCUUCCCCGCAGCCAAAGAAACUGACGGAAGAGUACACUGUCAGGAGAGAGAUUCGAUCUUCGCACAAUAUUCUGUGGGAAAGUGCUUCUGAAAAGCGUGAUUCUGAGUCCAGAUUCCUCUGUCAGACCGAAAGUUCAAGUCGAUCAAUUGAUGAAUCUCUUGCUCAUUGCACAGUCGGUGUAGACUGGAAAUCCAGAAGCUCUGCCCAGCCCUUUUCAUCUAAUAUUUUUUCUACAGGGGAUGAUUUCAUGGAUAACAAAUUCCUGGAUAACAAAUUCAAGGCUUCAGCUAGCUCCAGUUAUAAAUCAGACUGCCUGUUAGGGUCAGGAUGGGAAGAUCAGUCCCUAACAAUUGUAGCUGGCAGAUCAACGGAGGAUGCCUUAUUUAGGGAGUCUCUUGAACUUGAUGACAGUUCAAAUUUGAUGCAUGACAGAAGGAAACCAUUUAUGCGGAGCUGUUCUUUGCGCAGAAACCUGAUACAUGAUGGAGCAUCUUUUGAUAGUGAUGAAGAUAUUAAGUUUGAAAGUUGUGACUACAGAACUAAACAAAAUCUCCUUGAAGAUGAUUAUAGUGUUGAAUUUGAAGUAGUUGAUGAUGUCAACCAGGUCUUAAAUCAGAGGUCUCCCAGAGGCAAGGAAAUAUAUUUUGAGAAUUUCUCCAGGUGCAAAACUCAGAGCAAGGCAUUGCGGAGGUCAAAUUUUUUGUCAACAGAUUCAGAAAAAUCUUCAUUAACCAAGGACAUUCUAGAUGAAGACAAUCAUCUUAUGGACUUCGUUAAACAGACUGAAAAUUAUGGUUCUAGCCUACCGUCUUUUAGUCCAGAAAUGUCUCCUCUGCUACCAGAUCCUUUGCUUGGGACCAGGUUUCAUGAUGUUGAUCCUUGCAUCGCUGAAAAUGGUAUUGAAACUUCUAAUAAAGACAAAAUUGGUGUCUUGUAUAAUUUUGGAAACCUGGAACAUAAUCUCUUUGUUCCUGCCAUAAAUAAUUUGGAAAAAGAGGACUGCUUGUUCCCAAAUCCUGCAGAGUUUGAUCUCAAUUCUGAUGCUUGCUCUAGGGAGGAUAAGGGCAGUAUAGGGGGACUUGAUCCAUGGGAUGUUUAUAGUUCAGGUCCUUCUGAAUUCUAUUAUGAUGGAGAUGAUUUGUCACAUAUACAUUCUCAUGGUGAAGAAAAUUUUAGUAAUUAUUUGACACCACGAGCUAUGCUCUCCUCUAGGGUGGAUGGGGACUCUCAUAAAUGGAUUGAUGCAGGAAAUCGAGGUAAAACAGAUGAGCUUGUAAGGAAGAGUAGAAGAAGUCGUUCUGCUCCUCCAUUUCACCAAGGCAAGAAAAAGUUCUUUGCCACGAGCGAUUCUUCAACAAAGGCAGCAGGAAAUGAUAAUCUUAAGACUGUUCAUGAUGUGCCACUCAUGCCAGAAACUAAAGCUGUAAGGAGACUGCAGCAUUCUGCAGAAACUAUCUGCUCAGAGCUUCCACAGCAGUCAUCCCAUCAACGUGAUCAAUCUUCUACCCCAAGUUGUGGUGAUGGUGUAUUCUCCGAUGGAAGGCCAAGUGUGAAAAUGAAACUUGUUGACAUCUGGAAUAGCAAAUUACAAACUCAAGAGGAGUGCAGAAGUACACACGAUGGGGAGUCAAAAGAAGAAUUUGCACCAACACAAACUCAAAAUUUCUUAGAUUCUGGGACAAAAUGGAGGGACUACUGUCCAGAGACUACAUAUGAGGUACAGAGCAGUACUGGGACAGAGGAUCUUAAGAAUGAGGAUACUAUACUCAAUGUCACUUCUGGCAUCUUGCAUUUUAUUGGUGAUUCUUUGGUUCCUGAUACCAUUGAUAAAAACUGCCUGGAGGGUGCUAAAGUUCUUCAACAGGUUGAUAAGAAGUUUAUUCCGAUUGUGGCUGGCACAACACUUGCUAUGAUUGAUCAGCAUGCUGCAGAUGAGCGAAUUCGUUUGGAAGAACUACGUGAGAAGAUCCUUUCUGGACAAAAGAGGACUAUAACCUAUCUCGAUUCAGAGCAAGAAUUGGUCAUGCCUGAAAUUGGUUACCAAUUGCUACACAACUAUGCUGACCAAAUUCAAAACUGGGGUUGGAUCUGCAACAUUCAUUCUCAAGCUUCAGGAUCAUUUACCAGGAACUUAAAUCUGAUCCACAAGCAGCCAACAUCAGUCACACUUCUUGCGGUUCCAUGUAUUUUGGGCGUUAAUCUAAGUGAUGUGGAUCUGUUAGAAUUUCUUCAACAGCUUGCGGAUACAGAUGGAUCAUCAAUAAUACCCCCAUCAGUGAAUCGGGUCCUGAAUAGCAAGGCUUGCAGGAGUGCAAUUAUGUUUGGAGAUGUAUUGUUGCCUUCAGAAUGUUCUCUCAUUGUUGAGGAGUUGAAGCAGACUUCAUUGUGUUUUCAAUGUGCUCAUGGGCGGCCGACUACUGUCCCUCUUGUCAACUUGGAUGCUCUGCAUGAGCAGAUUUCUAAGUCAGGUUCGUGGAGUAGGGGUUCCUCCGAGGCAUGGCAUGGAUUACAUCGGCAUGAAAUCAACCUAGAGCGUGCAGCAAAGCGACUAAGAUCAGCCGUAUCCUAGUAUCAAAAAGCUCUCGUGAGUAUACCUAAUUUGGUUCUGCUUGCUACCUACCAAGUAAUAAUUUCGUGCUGAAGAUAUCCAGUCUGCGGUCAUCACAUUGAAGGGUAAUGUGUAUCUGCAGCACGGUGAGUCAAUACAGAUUCAACAAAUAAAUAUUUGUACUGAAUGUAACACUAGCCUUUGGUGGCAGCAACUCUCUCCUUCUCCCUGUCCCUCUCCCUGUCCCUCGCUCUCUCUCUCUCACACACACACACACACACACGAAAAAUAGGAAAAGGUAAUGGAUUGUACAGUUUCCAUGUAAAACCAAAGUAACUCACUGUGUGUAGAAUGUAAAGAAAUGCUAUGAUACUGAAAUAAGUAAUUUGACGUAACAUCAUUCAACAGAAAUGCUAUGAUAAUGAAAUAGGUAAUUUGAUGUAACA